GCGGCGGGCGCGGGGGGCGGCGGGGGCUGGCCGCUGUGGGGUGCGGGCGGCGCCGCGGGCGGGAGGGGGCUGCUGGGUAUGGGUGAGUAGGGAGGAAAGAAGAAAGCGAGGGUAAGAGUCGUCCCGAGGCUCUUGCCUGCCGGCUCCCGCCGCCCCGCUCGCCUCCCCCGGCCCGUUGGAGGUCCCCUGCCUCCCCUGCUCGUCGUCGCGUCAGGAUUGCCCCGCCCUCUCCUCGCCGCACCAGCACCCGCGUCUUGCCGCCCCACCGUCCCCAUCGAGGCCCCUCCUCGCCGCCGUCGGGCUGCGCGCCCUCUCCAGCCGCCCCGGGGCCCGGGCCCGCGGGGCCUCGCCGGAAUGAGCAGCUCGCGGAACAACCGGGUGAUGGUGGAGGGAGUCGGGGCCCGGGUGGUCCGAGGCCCGGACUGGAAGUGGGGGAAGCAGGAUGGCGGCGAGGGCCAUGUGGGCACCGUCCGCAGCUUCGAGAGCCCCGAGGAGGUGGUCGUGGUGUGGGACAAUGGCACCGCCGCCAACUACCGCUGCUCCGGGGCCUACGACCUCCGCAUCCUCGACAGUGCUCCCACCGGCAUCAAGCACGAUGGGACGAUGUGUGAUACCUGCCGGCAGCAGCCCAUCAUCGGCAUCCGAUGGAAGUGUGCUGAGUGCACCAACUACGACCUGUGCACGGUUUGCUACCAUGGGGACAAGCACCACUUGAGGCAUCGCUUCUACAGGAUUACCACACCAGGGAGUGAAAGGGUGUUGUUGGAGUCUCGCCGUAAAUCAAAGAAAAUUACAGCAAGAGGAAUCUUUGCAGGUGCCAGGGUGGUGAGAGGAGUCGACUGGCAAUGGGAAGAUCAGGAUGGUGGCAAUGGGCGUAGAGGAAAGGUGACUGAGAUCCAGGACUGGAGUGCCUCGAGCCCACACAGCGCAGCAUAUGUUCUCUGGGACAAUGGGGCUAAAAACCUCUACAGAGUCGGCUUUGAGGGCAUGUCUGACCUGAAAUGUGUCCAAGAUGCAAAGGGAGGCUCAUUCUACAGGGACCAUUGUCCAGUGUUAGGCGAGCAGAACGGGAACAGGAACCCUGGCGGGCUGCAGAUCGGCGACCUGGUCAACAUCGACCUGGACCUGGAGAUCGUGCAGUCGCUGCAGCACGGGCACGGCGGCUGGACCGAUGGCAUGUUCGAGACCCUCACCACCACCGGCACCGUCUGCGGCAUCGACGAGGAUCACGACAUCGUAGUGCAGUACCCGAGUGGCAACAGGUGGACAUUUAAUCCUGCUGUUCUCACCAAGGCCAAUGUUGUCCGAAGCGGAGAUGCUGCCCAGGGUGCAGAGGGAGGCUCCUCUCAGUUUCAAGUGGGUGACCUAGUGCAAGUAUGUUACGACUUGGAGCGGAUCAAGCUGCUCCAGAGAGGGCACGGAGAGUGGGCUGAAGCCAUGCUCCCGACUUUAGGUAAAGUUGGUCGUGUCCAGCAGAUCUAUUCAGACAGUGACUUAAAGGUAGAGGUUUGUGGCACCUCUUGGACAUACAACCCUGCAGCUGUCUCAAAGGUGGCAUCAGCAGGAUCUGCUAUCAGCAAUGCAUCUGGAGAGAGGUUGUCCCAGCUAUUGAAGAAGUUAUUUGAAACCCAGGAAUCUGGAGAUCUCAAUGAAGAACUGGUUAAAGCUGCUGCCAAUGGAGAUGUUGCUAAAGUGGAAGACUUGUUAAAGAGACCAGAUGUGGAUGUGAACGGGCAGUGUGCUGGACACACAGCAAUGCAGGCGGCCAGCCAGAACGGCCACGUCGACAUCCUCAAGUUACUCCUGAAGCAGAACGUGGAUGUGGAGGCAGAGGACAAAGAUGGAGACAGGGCCGUGCACCACGCAGCCUUUGGUGACGAGGGGGCAGUAAUCGAGGUGCUGCACCGCGGCAGCGCCGACCUCAAUGCCCGCAACAAGCGCAGGCAGACGCCGCUGCACAUCGCCGUCAACAAGGGGCACCUGCAGGUGGUGAAGACUCUGCUGGACUUCGGCUGUCAUCCCAGCCUCCAGGACUCUGAAGGCGACACUCCCCUCCACGACGCCAUCAGCAAGAAGCGUGACGACAUCCUCGCCGUGCUGCUGGAGGCAGGGGCAGACGUCACCAUCACCAACAACAACGGCUUCAAUGCUCUUCACCAUGCUGCACUCAGAGGAAACCCCAGUGCCAUGCGUGUGCUGCUGUCCAAGCUACCACGACCCUGGAUUGUUGAUGAGAAGAAAGAUGAUGGCUACACUGCCUUGCAUCUGGCAGCUCUCAAUAACCAUGUGGAAGUGGCUGAGCUGCUGGUCCAUCAGGGCAAUGCCAACCUGGACAUCCAGAACGUUAACCAGCAGACUGCCCUGCACCUCGCUGUCGAGCGCCAGCACACCCAGAUCGUCAGGCUCUUGGUCCGUGCAGGUGCUAAACUAGACAUCCAGGACAAAGAUGGAGACACUCCCCUGCAUGAAGCCCUGAGGCACCACACCCUGUCACAGCUCCGCCAGCUCCAAGACAUGCAAGAUGUGGGCAAGGUAGAUACUACUUGGGAGCCAUCAAAGAACACAUUAAUAAUGGGCCUGGGCACGCAGGGAGCGGAGAAGAAGAGCGCAGCCUCCAUCGCCUGCUUCCUGGCGGCCAAUGGAGCUGACCUCGGCAUUCGGAACAAGAAGGGGCAGUCUCCUCUUGACCUCUGCCCUGACCCUAGCCUCUGCAAAGCACUGGCCAAAUGCCACAAAGAAAAAGUCAGUGGGCAGGUUGGUUCCCGAAGCCCAUCCAUGAUCAACAACGACUCUGAAACCCUGGAAGAGUGCAUGGUGUGCUCAGACAUGAAGAGGGACACCCUGUUUGGCCCCUGUGGACACAUUGCCACCUGCUCUCUCUGCUCACCACGGGUGAAGAAAUGCCUCAUCUGUAAAGAACAAGUUCAGUCUAGGACAAAGAUCGAAGAGUGUGUGGUGUGUUCAGACAAGAAGGCAGCAGUGCUGUUCCAGCCUUGUGGUCACAUGUGUGCCUGUGAGAACUGUGCCAGCCUGAUGAAGAAGUGUGUGCAGUGCCGGGCGGUGGUGGAGCGCAGAGUGCCUUUCAUAAUGUGCUGCGGAGGGAAAGGUACAGAGGAUACCACUGAUGAUAUUUCAAGUGGAAACAUUCCAGUUUUGCAGAAGGACAAAGACAACACCAAUGUCAAUGCAGAUGUACAGAAGCUGCAGCAACAGUUACAAGACAUCAAGGAACAGACCAUGUGCCCUGUCUGCCUGGACCGCCUCAAGAACAUGAUCUUCCUGUGCGGCCAUGGCACCUGCCAGCUGUGCGGGGACCGCAUGAGCGAGUGCCCCAUCUGCCGCAAGGCCAUCGAGCGCAGGAUCCUCCUCUACUGAGCCUGCCGCCGCCCUGCCGAGGGCACUGCCCCUGGGAAGGAGGCUGAGACGUUUAGAUGGUGGGGAGGCCGUUUUGGUGAUUGACAUCUCGGAGCGCUGGAAGGGCAUGAGAGGCUCUCAGCAAAACCUUUCUGAUGCUGCAGCCCAGGUGCUUCACGCGGUGGCUGUGAACAGUAUGGAACAGUCAGCUCGGAGCUGUGCUCUUGCAAACCACCCGGGCCUGAAGCUAGUUCAAAGCAGUCCUUUUGCAUUUUCUUUGUCUUCUUCCCCUUAAAGUUCAAAGGGACAAUCUUGGUUUGGUUUCACUCGUGUUUUCAAUGUGCAAGGUGUCAAGUGAGGUCAGGGUGGGGGUUUUAUACUGUCACCUGGUAGCAAAUACAAAUAUUUUGGACUUUUUCUUUGAUGCUUUUCUGGAGGACUUCAGCAUUGCCUCUGACAGGAGUCACAAACGUACCCUAAUCAAUGCAGCCUGUACCCACAGUAAUAAAUGUGCUGUUCCCAUAAGACCAGGCCUCAGAACACAGUGCGAAGGUAAUGGUAACUUCACCGUGGCCUUUCUUGCUGAGGAUGGCUUGAGAAGGGAAGAGGAAGAAGAAAAAUCUACUUCAGAAAGGUUGUGUUGCCAGAGCUGCCCUUCAGCUAGCUUCACUAGUGAGCUCCUGCAUUCUGCUAGCCACAGAAUUUUGUGUGGACUUGCUUUUGACUUGGCUGGAAAGGAGAAGGCUCAGAGGAGUGGGUUUGCUCAGUUUGAGGAGCACAGACAGAUGUGAGGUCCUUAGUUCUCUGAGCCUGGACAAGCAGGAGAUAUUUGCGAGGUUUCCUCUUGGUGUUGCCUGCAGGCAGUGUCAGCAGCAGAAGAGAAGCUGCAGUAUUGCUUGUUCAGCUCAGCUGAGUGCUCACACCAGGGCCUGUGUGAGCAUUGCUGCAGCUGAAGGCACUGCUGGCAGGGCAGGGAACUCUGUGAGCCAGACCCAGGUGAGUGGCAGGUGGCUGAAGGGGUUUGCCAUGGCAGAGGUGUUCCUGACCCUGCAAGUGAUGCUGUCAGCAACUGGAACCUACCUCUCCAUGUUCUGCUGACAAGCACAUCCUUCUGUCUUCAUGGGUGGAAGGAGCUCCUGUAGCUAGAAGGAAUGGGGGAUUUGGCUAGGUGAGUGAAUAGCUCCUGUAGCCCUUGGCCACUGUGCAGGCUUGGCUUGCCUGUGCUCUUGGAGAAUACGAAGUCCAUGCUGGAGUCGUUUAGGUGCCUUACUUGCAGCUGCAGUUAAUUUCUCAUUCAAUUCUCACUGAGUAUGUCAAAGCUGUGGAAGAAGGGAUAGUGCAGGGGAAGAUCCAGAUGGUAUGUUCUUAGAAGUCUUUCCAACCUAACCCAUUCUGUGAUUCUAGAGGUGAGGGUGUAGAAUUGUCAUCUCUGCAGCUAAUUCAACCUCACUCUUUUGAGAGUUGUGUAGAUGUGCCUGCCUCGAGUGUGCAAGGAUGGCAGAAGCCUCAGAAGGAUGUCCCUAGUGAGCUGUGAGGAUUGGUGAACUCUUAACCAGGGUCUCCAGGAAAGGGACACAUGGGAAAAUUUCUAGAGACAGGCUGUGAAUGUAGCAGAGUGAGGUAAUAGCUCCAAACAGCCACCUCCAGCCCUGACCCAGAGCUGCACAUGUUCACCCUUCUUUCCAGUGGGGCUUGACUGGACGUAGCCUGCAGCCACUCUCCUCAUGUGGUGUGGUUUGCACUCUACAGGUCUCCUGUUCUCAGCUCACCUGUGUGUCUGCCUUGGGCAGGUCAAACAGCUCUCCCUUGUCUUGCCCCUUGGGUCCCUGUUCUAAAAUGUCAAAAUACCAAGGAGCUAGGCAGAGAUUGGCUCUUAGGGAGGCCUUUUUGCAGCUCUGCAUUUACUGUUUGCACUGAAGCUCUGCAUGCCCCUGGCUGACACAUGUCACCAAGGCUGGAUUGGGUUUUGUGUCCUCGACAGCUGAACUUCUAGCAGCAGGCUUUAGCCUCCUGACAGCCUUCCCCUGGGAACAGUUCUGUAACAGACUUGACAAACCACUCAGUGUACCUUGCCUUCCUCUGCCUCUAGCAGACAUAUUUUGAGCAUUGUGUCCUGUUUAUUUGUCAUGGGGACCUCUCUAAACUGUUGUCAGCACAAGGGCAGGCUGCAUUUCUUUUCAAGGCAGCUCAGUAGAGCAGUUGGCAUUUUCCUAACUCUCUCUCGCAGGAUCAGGCCAGAAUUACUCAAAAGUAUUCCAACAGCAUCAAUUAAUUCAACUAAGAAGUGAUCUAAAGUAUCUGGGCAGGAAACUGGCAUCGAAUGUUAAACAGUCCUUGUCUGCAGGAGGCAGCUGUUGCAGCACAGGUAGGGCAGUGCUCUGUUAAGCUGUGAGGAGCUGUCAGUUACCUGAUAACACUCCUGAUACUUGGGUGCCAUCAGAGUGCUGUGGAAGUAGAGGCAGUGCCAGCAGGUAUGGCUGUGGGAGCAGCUGUAGGCCGCUCUGGCUGGACACAAGGCAGUGGUCACCCCCAUUCAGCAGCGCUGUGUGCCAGCUGAAGCGGAUGUGUGGCACCUUGGUGCCACGAGAAGGAGCUGAGGUAGGUAAGGCAGCUAACAUGCUUGAGCUAGCAGGGGAGGCCCCCGAGUACCAGGUGCAGGAGCUGUAUAUCAUGUGAGGAGGGCUGCAGAGGGCUUGCCUUGCAGAAAGCUUAACGAAGAAGGUGUUUACCAAUCCAGCCUCACCUGUGGAAACAGACACUUGGAUCCAUUUGGAUCUUUGGAGCCAGUGUUGCUGAGGAAGCCAGGAGGCUGACUCGGCCUGGUGCCGUCCAUGCAGGCAGCAGAUGUGUAACUGGGUGACACUUCAAAAAGGCCAAACAGGAGCUGAGUUGGAAGCCAAAGGGUCCUAAGUAAGGGAGCUGAGGAUACAUCAUUAUGCCUCUGUCUUCAGCAAAAGAUCAGAGUGGAAAUCUCCCUGUCAGCAUUGUUCCUGGGGAAAUCAGGAAGUGUCUAAUACACUGAAACCUCAGGUGUGUGGGAGCUGCAAGCUUGGUUACUGUGACAGUGCCCAGGGCUGAACAGCAGUUUGGAAGUGAAAUGGAAUUAGAUCUGUUUCUUUCUUGCAACAAUCAAGAAGGCACUUAAAAACAGGUGGUGCUCAGGAGGUGAAGUGCUGUCCAGUUUCUCUCCAUUUAGUCAAACAUGUAAGCACUCAGUGAGCCACAGGGCAAAGACAAGCAAGGGGCAAGCAGAUUGUGCUUGGCAACUUCGGUUUGACCUCUUCCCCCCAGCCCUGCUGUCUGUCCCUUACUGUACCCAACUCAUAAGGCACUUCUCAAAAUCUGGCCUGCUUUUGCCUGCUUUGCAUUGGCUCGAAGGCUGCACUUGGCAGAGGGAGGCUCUGCAGUGGAUGCUCAGAGUGACACUGGCGAGGGCCUAAGGCGCUUUGUCCACGCGAGCAUGGCAGGAGCUGUUGUUAAGGCAGAGGGGGUGAGGGCAGAGCCACUUGCACAAGUCCUUGUGCCUUGUUAGCAUAGUCUUAAAACCUGUAUUUUAGCUGCCUCUUGGAGAGACAAAAUAACCUGACUGAGGUCCUUCUUGUGUAGCUAUUGGCUAGAGGUGAAGUUUUCUGUGUGCCUCCUUUCUGGCAGGAUUGAUUGCAGUCUGUCUGGACAGUUGUUUGGAGAGGCUGCUUGGAGCAAGGACAAAAUGAAACACCAGGAACUUCAUUUGGCUCUCCCAGUAGCAGCUGCUGACCCGAGGAGCCUGUCCUCUGCUUUGUGCUGCAUGGGUGAAGUUGUCACCUACAGAAACCCAACAACACUACAGCCUAACUUCUAGCAGUGCUCUGCCUCCUUCCUCUGCCAGUCCCGGACUCUCCUCUAGCUGUGUUUGGGACGGGGUGGGGAGGACUCCUCAGUUGGGCUUUGCUUCGUGGCUUUCGAUGUGUGAAUCCCUUGUGAAGGGUUUUUGCUGCCUGUAUAAACGCUGUACAAGAGCAGUGUGUGAUUUGCCACCAUGUAUUUGGUGUCUCCUCGCAGAAGUUGCUGGAAUUCCUACUAUUGUCUUUUUUAUGCAUUUCAUAACUUGUUUGUGUUGACAAAGCAAAACUGUUACCCACAGCCGUUUUGGGAUGUGCCAUUUUUAUAGCUAAGCCUGUGGCAAGUACAAAGGUUCUGACUCAGGGCUUUUUAACGAUUUAAACAGAAAAUUUUUCGUCACAGCUUGGAGAAUAUCAGAGGUUAACGACUGUACAGUGCCUUGGGAGAACGAGGAAAUGGGCAGCAGCCGCAGGGUGCUCACAGGAUGCAGGUCUCUCUUGAGUGCAGUUAGUGAGUUGGUGUUCAGAGAGCUGUAAUCGCCUUGCCUGCAUUUAUCAGCUCCUCCUGCUUUGUGAAGGGCAGUCAGCGAAGUGCAGUGCUGCCGAGCGCACUGGAAGUGCUUUGGUUGCUGCAGCAGACAGUGGGGUCUGAAGGGUUUAGUCCCCAGACUGACAGGAGCAAGGGCGGCAGAUGAGACGUUCUGUAGGGGAUGUUUUCAGUGGGAGGGGAGGAGUCUCUGUAAAUGAACGUAAACAUGGCCUGGGAGACAGGGAAAGGCUCUCUUAGGACAGAGACAGAAACAGCCAGCCUGUGCCCGCACGCACACAGACACAGAGCCACUCUCUGCCCGCAUGCACACAGACGCAGUGCCAGUCUGUGCCCUCAUGCAUGAGCACAGAGGCAGUGCCAGUCUGUGCCCGUAUACAUGCACACAGGCGCAGUGCCAAUCUGUGCCCACAUGCAUGCACACGGAGGCAGUGCCAGUCUUACCCACAUGCACGUCAGAGUUACAGAGAUGAAGCCUGUGUAGAGCUUCCUGCAGACGCUGGCUGUGCCCAGCUCGGUGCCUGUGCACGCUGCGGACAGGGGUUACUGAGCCACAGGAACAGUUCUGCUUUUGUCCAAACCAGCUUUGUGUUUCCAGCAGGUUGCAGGUUUCGGACCUGCAGUGUGGAGAACUUCGAGGUUGUCUGUGUGAGUGUGGUGGGGGUUUGUCUGCAGAUCCCUUUCUGUCGUUGCUUUCAUUAAACUGCUUAGCAAGGGCUAAGCCUUGCAAAGGAAGUGCUCCUGUUCUGUAUGGUUAAUAAAGCUGAUUAUACAAGA